GUUCUCACGUGGUGUUGUUUACGUGGAUUGAGUUUGACGGUAUUGAAGAUGCAACAUCGAAUGAGUUAACGCAUUAGGGUUUUAAAUUCAUGAUCCAUAAUAAUUAGAUAAGCUCGAGAAAGGGGAUGUGAUUGCAAGAUCGAUCAUUUUUAUCGAUCACUCUCAUUAUUGGCUACAUGUACGAUCGAUUUUGACAUAUUUGUAAAUUUACGAACGAUUUUGACAUGCAUAGCAAAUUCUAUAAGAAUUUUGCUCUAAUAGAUGACAUACUUUUUGGAAGAAAAAAACUGAAGGAUGGAGCGAAUUCAGUCAUAAUUUAGAAGACAAACUUGAAAUGGAGCGAAUUCGGUUGCAAUUAAGAUCGUAUCUCAUCGAUCACUCUUAAUGUCAGCUACGAUUAGUUAGAUUGUAUACCAAUGUUAUACAAUCGAUAUUGAUCUAUAUAAUUAUAUUAUAGAAUUUAUACACAAAUGCUAUACAACUUUUGUUCAAUAUAUGACACGCUUUCUUUUAUAAAAACUAAAAUUAAGAUGAAAGACUAUGAUUUCUACAGAAAUAAAGAUCAAGUGACAAAAGAAGGUGUGUUUUGGUAGCUUCUGGAAUAAGGGUAUAAUCGGAAAAUAAAAGUUUUAUCAUAAAUAUUAAAAUAAUAAAUCAAACCCUACAUGUCUAUAUCCCUUCUUUGUAUAGUCCACCGACGCUCUCCUUUCCAUGGUUGGCACAUCGGUGGAAUGCCGGUCAGUUUAACUUGGUUCAAUUAGUUUCCGUCACGAAACUGACAUGAUCACAUGAAUACUACCAAUAUGAUCUAGAAGAUUUGGCCUAUUAUCAUUUAAAAUUAUAAAAAGGAUAAUGCAAUGAAUGAUUCAUAAAUGAUUAUCUAAUAUGAUAUAAUGUAGUUGAUUGGUGGAUUAUCCAAUUUCAUUUAAGGUACUUUCUUUUUAGUAUUAUUCUCAUUAAAGAUUGGUCAAUAUCUAUAGAAUUCAAGUGAUUGGUACUUAAAGAUGACAAUGAGGCGGGUUGGGUCAGAUUUCUCGACACUCAAACCCAACUCAGUGGGAUCCAUUAAAAAACCGAUAAAGUACCCACUAGGUCUUAGAGAAGAAAACCCAACCCAACUCAAUAGUUACCCACAUAUGCAUGAGGACCCAUGGAUUUACGAAUAUAAUUAUACAUGAUUUCUUGAAAUACUCAAAUCAUAAUAUUAUUGAGAAUUUUUCCUAUAAUAUAUCUCUAAGAAAGCUAAUAAGAUCCAUAAAUUAUUCAUAUUAUUAGAUUUAUAUUGACAUAAGAAUUAAUGACAUCCAUAAAUUAUCCAACCCAACCAACCGACCGAUUUUAAAGAAAGUGAAACCUACACCUGAUACAAAAUCCUUCAACACCGAGAUUUACCCACUUUAAUUGGGUUGUAUCGUGUUGGUACCCAAGAAUUUGAGUUCAACUGCCAUACCCGAGAAUUUGAGUUCAACUACUUAAUGGAUUUGGAUCAUGGAUUUGGUACCCAAAUCCCAAAUCCAAUCCAUCAUGGAUUUAGCAAAAAUCCAUUGUUUGCUUGCACUUUUUUUGGAGACCAAAUCCGUGGGGCCCACGGAUUUUAAGGGUCCAAAUUCGUGGACCCCACGGGCUUAUAAAUCCCACAUGUUGAUGUGGGAUUUGGAACAUGACAUAAAUCCUUGAUGGGAUUUUAUCUAUAUACCCUCAUGCACUUUUAAUAUUCAAAGGUUGUCCUCAAAUUUAAUUAUUAUACAUUAUAAUUAAUCAAGUAAUUAACAAUAAAUGAAUAAUAUAAACAUUCAAUUAAUGUGCAAACAUGAGUUAGAUUUUUUAUAUCAUUUCUUGUGUUCUAGUUUUCUUUGACCUUUUCAUGGAACGUGUAAUUCUUUGUUCUCACGAUUCUAAUAUAUGUUGUUAUAUGUUACUUUUGAAAAAGAGGACAAAGAAUUGGUAAUUGAUUAUGUUACGUUAAAAGUUAAACGGAAUUUUCUCGUUUAUUAUUAUUGUCCAUGUGGCAUCAUUAUGCUUAUUAGUAUGUAAUGUCCUUGUUUUGUGUACAUAUCAUAAACAUGUCAAACAUAUAGAAAAUGAUAGUAAGGUAAUUUUGAAGUUUUGUCCUUGUUUUGUGUACAUAUCAUAAACAUGUCAAACAUAUAGAAAAGGAUAGUAAUGUAAUUUUGGACUUCAGGUAGUAAAUCCCACACCAUUAAAUCCAUGAUAAAAACAUCUCAACAAACAAAGGAUUGUUACAAAUCCAUGAUGCCUCAAAUCCUUGAUAAAUCCUUAAGUUUUUAAAUUACAAAACCCUCGUUUUUAAAUCCAUGACACUAACUAAUUCGGGUCAAUUACCAGAACUAGUCAUUUAGAAGUUCCGUGCUGUAGUAGUAGGUUAAGCUAGGGAUGACAAUUUGAACCCGCCCCGCCGGGUAAUACCCGCCCCAUCGCGGAUCAGGGCGGGUAUUACCCGACCCGCAUUAGCGUGGGGCGGGACAUGGGUAUCAACUUCCGACCCGCCCUGCCCUGCCCCGCCUUGCCCUGCCCCGCCCCGCCUCAUUCUUACCCCGUUCUAUGUCAAAUUUUUACCCCAUCCAUUCAUAUAUCUCCUAUUUUGACUUUUAUUCGACUAUUUAGAUUUGAUCUUUCAACUAAAUAGACUCAAUUACUUAUUAUAUUAUCACUAUUAUUCAUUCAUCAAGUAUUUUUCCCUUCGUUUUAUCAUAAAAAGUAAAAUUGUCCGUGUAUUUUUCUCAAAUAGCAUGUAAGAGUGGGUCGACCCGCCCCGCUCCAUUCCCAUGCAGGUAUUACCCGCCCCGACCUGUACUAGCGUGGGACGGGGUAUGGAUAUUGAGGUACCCGCCCAACCCAUUGCCAUCACUAGGAAGUAGUUUAGUGUCUUAAUGACUAGUUCUGGUAAUUGACCCGAAUUUACCUCCUCUGUAAAUCUGUUAUUAUUUCUUGCCUUUUAGUUUUUUCUUCUUUUUUCAUUCUUAUUAAUAUUUUAUUCGUUUUCAGCUGGGAGCGGAGAAGAAUAAGGGGGGCACGGCUUCCCCAAUCUUUACCGCCGGCGUCUUCCCCAUUCUCGUCCUCCUCCUCUUCCCGACCCUCUGUAAUCUCAACCAAUUUCAUCACCCGUUCCAAUUCAAUCCCGUCUCCGGUGUCCUAAUCGCACUAUUACUCUUUGAACCAACAAGAAACCGGCAACUCAGUCCUAGUCAUCUACUCAUCUUCAUCCUCUUGUCACUCCGCCAAUUACCAGAUCUGUUCUUCCUCUGGUUUUCCCCAAUCCCAUCUGCUCUUUUGCUUCUUUUGAAGCCUUCAGUGCACUGGGUUUGUCGCGGAAGGACUAAAUUGGUUUUUACCAAUUUUAGAUCUCUGUUUUUUCUCGUAUUCGGGCGAUGGGGAAAACUUCGGCGAUCCUCUACGUAUCCCUGUUUCUCAUAUUCCUAAUGCUGCUCUCCCAUUCUCCGAAGAAGCCUUCUACCCACCGCCGGCUCAAGCUCCGGACCAACUUCAAUUUCAACAAUCCCCACCACCACGACCCAAUCCCCUUUGACCCCGUCGUGACCCAGAUGGAGCGCCGCCUCGAGGAUCGCCGGUGGGAGCAUCACUAUAUCACCCAUUCCCAUCCCGACGCUGCAAAUGAUACCCUCUCCGCGCAGGCAGCGCCUGGCCACGAGUCACAGCCCGAGUGGGAGGAUUUUGUGGAAGCCGAGGACUACUUGAACGAUGAGGAGAAAUUCAAUGUCACCAGCAGGUUGCUGCAGCUUUUCCCCAAGAUUGACGUGGCACCUGUUGAUGGUUUCGUGACUGAGAAUGAGCUGACGGACUGGAACUUAAACCAGGCCGAGAAGGAAGUCAUGCACCGUACAGAAAGAGAGAUGGAUGUUCAUGACAAGAAUCAUGAUGGCUUUAUUUCCUUUUCAGAGUAUGAUCCCCCUAGUUGGGCUGUCAGUUCAGAUUCUAGUUCUUUUGCGCAUGACAUGGGUUGGUGGAAGGAAGAACAUUUCAAUGCAUCAGAUGCAGAUGGAGAUGGUCUUCUGAACAUCACAGAGUUUAAUGACUUCUUGCAUCCAGCGGACAGUAAAAACCCAGAGCUACUAAAGUGGCUGUGCAAGGAGGAAGUGAGGGAAAGAGAUACAGACAAGGAUGAGAAAGUCAAUUUUAAGGAAUUUUUUCAUGGACUUUUUGAUCUGGUAAGGAACUACGACGAAGAAGCACAUAAUACCUCCCAUUCAUCUGAAGAUUCAAUGGAGGCUCCUGCUAAGGUCCUGUUUGCGCAGCUAGACAAGAACAACGAUGGGUUUCUGUCAGAUGAAGAACUGUUGCCCAUCAUCGAGAAACUUCAUCCAUCUGAACAUUACUACGCCAAGCAACAAGCAGAUUAUAUAAUAUCACAGGCUGACGGGGAUAAGGAUGGGAAACUGUCACUGGCAGAGAUGUUGGAGAACCCGUAUGUAUUCUACAGUGCGAUCUUCACCGAAGAGGAAGAAGAAGAAUACGAUCACGAUGAGUUCCGGUAAUUGUAGUUGCAGAAAUAGAGCUCACACUGGAUUUUUGUUGUUCUUGGGAGAGAAGGGGGGAAAUGGGUAGAGCAGAAAUUGGAGAUGAUGGUGGUGGGGAUCCUCGUCGGCUGGUGUCAGACAUCAGUUUAUUGUUGCAGGGAAUGGAGGGAUAGAGCGAGUAGAAUGGGUUUUAGUAUGGAGGGAUGCUCGUUGUGGAGAUCCCACUGGAAUCUUGAGAUACACGUAACCAUAUAUUUAUGUUUCUUGGGGAGGAAAAAAUUGUUACACUUUUUGGGUAGGGGUUUGACACACACGUGUAUCUACUAGUUCUUACCUACAUUAUAUCUCGAAAGGGAAUGAAGAAUGGUUUGCUAC